AUGCAUCCAUGCCGUAGUGCAACCGCCUCGCUGGAGCCACGCGGCACAACCCGACCAGGCAGUGAUCACACCCUCAUGAGGGUCCUCGAAGGCACUUCCAACAUCUCUGGACCUAAAGGCUGUGGGGGUCAGGCUGUUGGCCCAAGCCAAGCCUGGGGGGAUGGGGUGAACCCCAAAGCCACAGCCUCUGAGGGCGGCAUCAGAAGGCUAGGGAGAGCGGGUCGGCGGGCGGAACUGGGUCCGAGACACCCCCGAAGGCGCGAGGCAAAGGCUGUCGCACGGACGUGCAGGCGAGAGUGGGAGCAGGCGACAGUGGGAGGGGGUCCCCGGCCCCGGAAGGUCUUACAUCAGCCAGCCCACGUGCGACCCGAGGGCCAGGAGGCGCGCGCGGCCCGGGAGGCGGUGCCGCACUUAUUCCCUUUUUGUUUGUGUCCACAGGUUCGAGAACUUGUCUUGGACAAUUGCAAAGCGAACGAUGGAAAAAUCGAGGGGUUAACGGAUGAAUUUGUGAACCUAGAGUUCCUCAGUUUAAUAAGUGUAGGCUUGUUCUCAGUUUCAGAUCUCCCCAAGCUACCGAAAUUGAAAAAGCUUGAGCUCAGUGACAACAGAAUCUUCGGCGGUCUGGACAGACUAGCGGAGGAGCUGCCGAGCCUCACACAUCUGAACCUAAGUGGAAAUAAGCUGAAAGAUAUCAGCACCUUGGAACCUUUGAAAAAAUUGGAUUGUCUGAAAAGCCUGGAUCUCUUUGGCUGUGAGGUCACUAACCUGAACGAUUACAGAGAGAGUGUCUUCAAGCUCCUGCCCCAGCUGUCCUAUCUGGAUGGCUAUGACCGAGAGGACCAGGAAGCACCUGACUCGGAUGUGGAGGUGGAUGGCGUAGAGGAAGCCCCCGACUCAGAUGCAGAGGUGGAUGGUGUGGACAAAGAAGAAGAGGAUGAAGAAGGAGAAGAUGAAGAUGAAGAGGAAGAUGAGGACGGUGAAGAGGAGGAGGAGGAUGAAGAAGAGGAUGAAGAUGAAGAUGAGGAUGUAGAAGGAGAAGAUGAUGAAGAUGAAGUCAGUGGGGAGGAAGAAGAAUUUGGACAUGAUGGUGAAGUUGAUGAAGAUGAAGAAGAUGAGGAUGAAGAUGAGGAUGAAGAGGAAGAAGAAAGUGGGAAAGGUGAAAAGAGAAAGAGGGAAACAGACGAUGAAGGAGAAGAUGAUUGAGACCCCAAACAAUCUACAAGAACCAGAACUGUUGAGUAUUGGUUGGACUGCUCAUGGAUUUGGUAGCUGUUUAAAAAGGUAGCUGUGAUACGACCCCAGGACACCCCACCCAAAGAGCCAAAGAAUAGUUCCCAAGACAUUCCGCCUUCCUCCGUUUAGCCCCUUGGUAAUCCACCACCAAGCCUGGGGACUUCUGCCCCAACAAAAUUGUAAACGUUGUUAGGUUUUCGUGUAAGACUCUUGCUGUAUCGUGACAGCUGUGGUUGGUGAGUUGACCGUCCUGGCUGCCAGUUACACUGCGAUUGUAACAACAUUUUUACUUUCUGUACAACAAGGAAAAGCUUUGUAAAUAAAAUCUUAACAUUUUG